AUGCACACUGGCGAGGCAAUUGGUGCCCCUUUCCGAGGGCAUACUGGAUCCGUUCACUCUGUCGCAAUCUCGCCUGAUGGCAAACAGAUAGUAUCUGGUUCAGAAGACAAGACCAUCCGGGUGUGGGAUCUAGAUUUUCUUAUUUCGGACCAAUCCAUCGAAGCACCUGUGAUAUGUUUCUCACCAAACCCAACCCAUGCUCUUCGCUCCGCCUCCUUUUUUCUCCAAGAUUCUGAAACCCCAGCCCCUUCCGGCCCUGACGAGGAGGGAUGGGUUGUAGGUCCCGAAGGACGACUUCUUCUCUGGAUCCCACCUACUCUCCACCCGGCGACGUUUGCCCACGGCAAUGUGUUGGUGAUUGCCAGCAAUCCCCUGCAUCUGGACCUAAGUCCUCUCGCACAUGGCACGUCUUGGCACAAGUGUCGGACAUAG